GGAAUUAGCAUGGGAGUUCCGGUUCCGCCCCAGCAUAGAAAUGGUUAAUUUUUAGAAAUAAGUUUUUGGCAGUGAUUCAUUUUUGAACCCAUCAAAUCAAUCUAAGUUUAUAUCGAGACUUAAGUGGAUAGCAGGUGCCAUUCCUAUGGGCUCCAAGAGGAGGAGGGCGACUUCCCCCUCCAGUAGUGUGAGUGGGGGGGACUUUGAUGAUGGACAGACGUCCUCCUCAACACCAGGAAGCCACCGGAAAAAGCGGAGAGCUUCUAGCAUCCCCACUGUAGAUCCGAUUGCCGUGUGUCAUGAGCUGUAUAAUACCGUCCGGGAUUACAAGGAUGACCAUGGGAGAUUGCUCUGCGAGCUCUUCAUCAGAGUGCCUAAGAGAAGGAACCAGCCGGAAUACUAUGAAGUUGUGACUCAGCCUAUAGACAUGAUGAAGAUCCAGCAGAAGCUGAAGAUGGAGGAGUAUGAUGACGUUGAACAGCUCACCAGUGAUUUUCAGCUCUUAUUCAACAACGCCAAGGCUUAUUACAAGGCUGAUAGCCCAGAACUCAAGGCUGCCUACAAGCUGUGGAACUUGUACUUGCGCACAAAGAAUGAAUUUGUGCAGCGAGGUGGUUAUGAAGAUGAUGAUGAUGAAGGGGAGGAUAUCCAGGAAAAUGCUGGGACCUCUACUGAAGAAGAGACUCCGACCGGCUGUCUGAAGGAAGUCCUUGAACAGCUUUUGGAGGCAGUGAUGACCUUCGCCGAACCAUCAGGGCACCUGAUCAGCGAGCUCUUCCAGAAACUCCCUUCAAAAGUGCAAUACCCAGACUAUUAUUCUGUAAUUAAGGAGCCAAUCGAUCUGAGAACCAUCGGGCAGAGGAUACAGAUGGGCUACUACAAAGGUGUCAGUUCUAUGGCAAAGGACAUAGAUCUGCUAGUGAAAAAUGCCAAGACCUACAAUGAGCCAGGCUCGCAGGUUUUUAAGGAUGCAAACACCAUCAAGAAGAUUUUCACACAGAGAAAAAUGGAAAUCGAACACGCUGAGCCCACUAAAUCCAGUCUCCGCAUCAGGAAUCGGAGGUCUGUCCAGGGUGACCGUCUCUCUGCAAUCACCAUGGCCUUGCAGUACGGCUCCGAGAGCGAUGAGGACGCCCUGCUUGCCGGGGCUGUUCGCUACGAUGAGGGGGAGUCUGAGGCAGAGAGCAUGAGCUCCAGUCUGGACGUGAGCAGCCCCAUCUUCCAGCUGUAUGAGGCCGUGCGCACUGGCAGGAACAGCCAGGGCCAACUGAUCGCUGAGCCCUUCCUGCAGUUACCCUCUCGGAAAGAGUACCCUGACUACUUCCACCAAAUCAAGCAACCCAUCUCCUUCCAGCAGAUCCGGACCAAAAUGAUGAACAACGAGUAUGAGAAUGUGGAGCAGAUAGGUGCAGACCUCACUCUGAUGUUUGAGAAUGCCAAGCAGUACAACCUGCCACAUUCGCCCAUUUACAAGCGGGUCAUAAAGCUGCAGCAGAUCCUUCAGCUGAAGAGGAAGGAACUGUUGAAAAGAGAAGAGGAAGACCAAGAGUGUGUGGUGUCCUCCAUGUCAGACACUGGCAGCGGCAAGAGGAAGAGCCACAAGAAGAACACGAAGAAGAGCUGGAUGAAGGCGAUCUACCGCGCAGUGGCAGACGCCCGCGAGCAAGGCACGGGCCGUCGGCUCUGCAGUCUCUUCAUGGUCAAGCCCUCCAAGAAGGACUACCCCGACUACUAUAAGAUCAUUCUGGAGCCCAUGGACCUCAAGACCAUCGAGCACAACAUCCGCUCUGACAAGUAUUUAAGCGAGGAGUCGCUUGUGGAAGACAUGAGGCUCAUGUUCCGUAAUGCACGUCACUACAACGAAGAAGGUUCUCAGGUUUACAAUGACGCCAACAUUCUGGAGAAGAUAAUGAAGGACAAGAGGAAGGAGCUAGGCCCCAUGCCUGAUGAUGAUGACAUGGCCUCUCCCAAACUGAAAAUAAGGAAGAGUGGUAUUUCUCCAAAGAAAUCUAAGUACCUGACGCCUCUACAGCAGAAACUGAAUGAGCUCUAUGAAACCGUGAAGAACUACACAGACAAACGAGGUCGUCGUCUUAGCGCCAUCUUCCAACGCCUGCCAUCUCGCACCGAACUCCCCGACUACUAUAUCACCAUCAAGAAGCCCAUGGAUAUGGAGAAACUCUGGAACCAUGUGAUGGCUAACAAGUACCUGGACGUGGACUCCCUGGUUGAGGACUUUGUGCUCAUGUUCAACAAUGCCUGCACGUACAACGAGCCAGAGUCGCUUAUCUACAAGGAUGCCCUGGUCCUGCACAAGGUCAUACUGGAGGCCCGGCAGUCCUUGGAGGGUGGAGAAGAUGCCCACGUCCCUAACGUUUCGCUACUGAUCCAGGAGCUCAUCCGCACCCUCUUUGUCUCUGUCCUGGGUCACCAGGAUGAUGAAGGUCGCUGCUACAGUGACUCUUUGGCAGAGAUCCCCGCUAGAGAUCCAGCCGAUCCCAACAAGCCACUUCUCAGCUUUGAGAUCAUUAGGAACAACAUGGACCACGGGAGAUAUAAGAGACUAGACGUCUUCCAAGAACAGAUGUUUGAGAUGCUAGAGAAAGCAAGACGACUUCACAGGACGGACUCUGAGAUCUUCGAGGAUGCUGUGGAGCUGCAGAGUUUCUUCAUCCACAUGCGGGACAAGCUCUGCAAGAAUGGGGAGAUCCUGCUCACACCAGCACUCAGCUAUACCGCAAAGCACCUCCAUGGCGACGUGGAGAGGGAGAAGAAGGAGAAGCUGCCCAAAGAGAUCGAGGAAGACAAGCUGAAGAGAGAGGAGGAGAAAAGAGAGGCUGAGAAAGGCGAAGACUUGACUCCAGGGCUCCGGCGCACCUUCAGCCAGGACUGCAGCUUUGAGGACAGCACUUAUCGCAUAGGGGACCACGUCUACGUGCAGCCAGCGGAGCCCAACCUGCAGCCACACAUCGUCUGCAUCGAGCGUCUCUGGCAGGACGAUGCUGGUGAAAAGUGGCUCUAUGGCUGCUGGUUCUACAGGCCAAAUGAAACCUUCCAUCUAGCCACACGCAAGUUCCUGGAGAAGGAAGUGUUCAAGAGUGAUUACUACAGUAAAGUUCCUGUCAGCAAAAUUCUGGGCAAAUGUGUGGUCAUGUUUGUGAAGGAGUACUUCAAGCUUCAUCCAGAGGGCUUCAAGGCGGAUGAUGUCUUCGUUUGCGAGUCACGUUACUCAGCCAAGACAAAGUCCUUCAAGAAGAUUAAGAUGUGGACGAUGCCACCGAGCUCUGUCAGGUUGGCCCCGCGCGAUGUGCCAUUACCUGUGGUGAGAGUUGCAUCCAUGUUUGCCAAUGCCCGGAACAAUGAGCAGGAGAAAUCAGCAGAGAUGGCCGAUGAAGCCAGAGGAGCAGGUGUCAGUGCCGUCAUUGAUAAGGAGAGAGAGGAUGUGCCAUUGGAUGUGAGCAAUGGAGAGCCAGGAUGUCAGUACUACGAGCAGCUUCGCUACAAUGACGUUUGGCUGAAAAUAGGCGACUAUGUCUACAUACGAUCACAUGGCCUUGUGCGGCACAGAGUAGGACGGAUCGAGAAGAUGUGGGUGCGUGAUGGUGCUGCAUAUUUCUUUGGGCCGAUCUUCAUUUAUCCAGAGGAGACCGAACAUGAGCCGACAAAGAUGUUCUACAAGAAGGAGGUGUUCCUGAGCAACAUGGAGGAGUCCUGUCCCAUGACCUGCAUUAUAGGGAAGUGUGCAGUGUCCUCUUUCAAGGAGUACCUCUCUUGUCGACCGACGGAGAUCCCCGAGGACGACGUGCUGCUCUGCGAGAGCCGCUAUAUUGAGAGCGAGAAGCAGAUGAAGAAAUUUAAGGGCCUGAAGCGCUUUUCUCUAUCAGCCAAAGUGGUUGAUGAUGAGAUCUACUACUUCAGGAAGCUUAUUGUGCCCCAGAAGGAACCAUCUCCACUGUUGGACAGGAAGAUCCAGGAACUAGAGGCCAAGUUUGCCGACAUGACCGAUGAGGAGCUGGAUGACCUUGGAGAUGAGGAUGGAGAGUUGGUAGACGCUCAAGUAAUGCCACAGCUACAGACGUCUCUAGCAGGCGACCUGGACAUGAUGCCUUACACACCUACGCAGUCAACGCCAAAACUGAUGAAAGGCCUAUGCAAAAAAGAGGGCUCAAAGAGGAAGAUCAACAUGAGCGGUUACAUCCUGUUCAGCAGCGAGAUGCGAGCCGUCAUCAAGGCCCGGCACCCUGACUUCUCCUUCGGGGAGCUCAGCCGUCUCGUGGGCACUGAGUGGAGGAAUUUGGAGGCUAACAAGAAAGCGGAGUAUGAAGAGCGGGCGGCCAAAGUGGUGGAGCAGCAGGAGCGGCUGAUCCAGCAGCAGCAGGGUGCUGCCCCGAGAGCAGGUACCCCAGUAGGGGCCCUCGUGGGAGUGGUGCCCCCCCCGACCCCAAUGGGGGUGCUUAACCAGCACAUGACGCCUGUGUCAGACAUGCUUGGUACAUGUGGUCUGCCUAUGCUGCCCUUUGAGGGCCCUGUAGACGGAAUGGGCAGCAUGUGGACACAUCACACGGGGUUGCCUGCCGUAGCCCAGCACUGUCCAUCACGCAUGCUGGCCUUCCCUGGCAUGCCGUACCUGGGUGUUAUGGGGCAGGGUGUGAACACCCUAGCAGGAUCCCCGGGCGCUGGGAGUGCUUACGGAAAUCAGAUGAGCGUCCUAGGGCAAGGUCAACAGGCCCCUCCCCCUUAUCCGACACAGGGCCAGAUGUGCCAGCCUGCCCUGCUGCAGCCUUCCACGCCCAUGUUUGUGAGUCCACCUCCCAGGUCCCAGUGCCUCCUGCAUUCCGACGCCUACCUGAAGUAUAUUGAGGGUCUCCAUGCAGAGUCACCCUCUGUCAGCAGGUGGGACCAGGCUCUGUCAGCGCGCAGGAAAGACGUCCGUCUGACCAAAGAGCAGGAGAGCCGGCUGCCAUCCCAUUGGCUGAAGAGCAAGGGUGCCCACACAACCAUGGCAGAUGCCCUCUGGCGACUCCGAGACCUGAUGCUGAGAGACACACUGAACAUCCGACAGGCACAGAACCCACAGAACGUUUAAUAAGCUACAUGCGUGUUCACCCUCGAGGGAGCAAAUGCUCAAAAGCAGUCAUUUUAAUUAAUGUUUGUAACCUGAGUUACUAUGUCUUGUUUGUAUAUUUUCCUUUGUGGGAAUGUUUUGUUGUUUGACUGGUACGAACAUUUUGAAAAUAAAUUUACGUUCUAGACUACA